ACACGCAUUCGGUACAGCACCGUCGGGUGACGCGCGCGCGUUUUGCUUUCGCGUCGACACCUGUUGCGCUUCCGUGCGCAGCCGUUCCCGCCGCCGAUCGAAACGUACCCAGAACCGUUCCCCGGGACCGGUCGGUCGUUCCUAUACUUAAAUAGGUAUAUAAAUCGUACACGAGGCUAUGUUGCGCAGAACUGCUAGAUUGUACAUCGUAAUCUCGUUUGUUUUCAACCGCAAUUCGUAUCGCUGUCGUUAUUUCGUCUCAACGUGCAUCGAAGAUAUGGUUAACAACACGCGUUGUGUCAGCCGAUCGUUUUUUCGUAUUAUUUCCUUGCGGAUUAGUAGUCGCACUUUGGUCGCUCAACACUUGAUUCCCACACUGUAGGUACAGUAUUCAUAACAUCGUAAUAUAUGCACACGUUUAUCGUGUGAUCUUAGUAUGCGCGACGCAUCUACCAACAUUUUAAAACUUGUACAAAUCAGGAGGAGAUGUAUGUUCAACGUAUAAAAAUUGAAAUAAAAAAUAAUUUUAUCACCAAUAUUAUACAUACAUGUAUGUAUAUUAUAAGUAUUUUAUGUACUAUGUAUUUGUAUUAUUUUUGGACACCUAGUAGUUGAACCAGUAGAAGUCAAUAAAAGUAAUGGUGCUUUUAUUUAGGAGCCAAUGGUGUCGAUAUUAUGGCAUACAAACAGAGUGUAAUAAUAUUGUUUUAAUCAUUUUCAAAUGUAUUUUAUUCAACAAAUAAAACGAUGCAUAUUUAUAAAAUUGUGGGAAUAUUGUAGUGAGGCCCCCUAUUCGCUACCUAAUACUACACCAGAUUCAUACCAUCACACAAAUGUUAGCGUAUGAAAACAUCUGGAAUACAGAAAAUAGAGUUCUAGAGAAAUAUGUCUAAUCGGAAAAUAAAUUCGCAUGAAAGUCACGACGUUCCAAAUCAAACAACGUUCAAGGAGGAGAAAAUAUUUCGUUAAAAUGUUGUCGAUAAAAAUUAAAAAAAGCAUUAUCGAGAUAGUUAAUAUUUUUAAUAAUCGUUAUAACCAGCGAUUAAUGGUCAUUGACAUUCGACGAUGGCAACUGCUCGACUGUUAAUUAAAAAUUGUAACCGACACUCAAUGCGGAUAGGUGUUACAAGUACAGCAACUCGAGUAUUAUUGAACUAUAAUAUUAUAACAAAUAUUAGUACUAUAUAACGCACUCAUAAUGGACAGGUUAAUAACGGACACUGAGAAUGAAUUAGAACGUCCUUCACAUCCAAAAUCCAAUGCAAAUAUAUUAGAAAUCUUGACUUUCAGCUGGUUAUUUAAACUGUUCAAAACAGGGCAAAACAGAGAUCUAAAAGAAAAUGAUUUAUAUAAAACGUUAGACGAUCAUUCUUCUUCGAUUUUGGGAAAUACAUUAGAAAAAACAUGGAAGUUAGAAAUGGACCACGCGUAUAAGGACAAUCGUAAUCCUAGUUUGUUAAGAGCAUUAAUCAAAAUAUUUGGAGCCGAGUAUAUGUUACAUGGGUUUAUACAGUUAUUCCAAGAAAUUUUUUUAAAAACGAGUCGACCUCUUCUCAUCGGUGGAAUAUUAACCUAUUUAAACUCCGAAAGUUCAAAUAAAACUGACGUGACAAAAGCAUUUAUUUGUGCAUGCGGGCUAUUUUUAAUCAUGAUAAUUUCUACGUUUGUAUUUCAUCCAAAUAAACUAGCAUACUCUCACUGCGGAAUGAAAAUGCGAGUCGCUUGCUGCUCAUUAAUGUACAGAAAAGCCCUAUGUAUAAGCCGUUCGGUUUUUGGUGAAACCUCUGUAGGUAAUGUGGUAAAUUUAUUAUCAAAUGAUGUCAAUCGAUUCGACGUAUCAAUAAUUUACAUUCAUUAUUUGUGGAUUGGUCCUUUGCAAAUGAUUAUUGUAUUAUACUUCUUGUGGCAAGAAACCGGCAUGUCGUCAUUGAUUGGAAUGUCUACAUUUUUAAUAUUCAUUCCAUUGCAAAACAUAUUGGGGAAAAAUAUUUCCAAAAUUCGAUUGAAAACAGCAAAUAAAACGGACGAAAGAAUACGUUUGAUGAAUGAAAUAAUUUCGGGUAUACAAUUAAUUAAAAUGUAUACCUGGGAAAAACCUUUCUCGAAGAUCAUACAAUACGCUAGAAAAAAAGAAAUUCAACAUAUACGAGCCAUGUUAUACGUGAGAGCUAUUUUGUCUUCGAUCGUAUUGAUUCAUACUAAAAUUCAAAUGUUUAUCAUUAUAGUGGUAUACGUAUUACUGGAAAAUGAUGUCUCUAUAAAAAAUAUUUUUGUUAUAAUUUCGUUCUACAGUAUAUUGGACGAUACAAUGAGGAUAUUAUUUUGUCUCACUUUAGUUAAUACAAGAGAACUGUUGGUAUCCAUUAAACGUAUACAGAAUUUUUUAUUACUCGAAGAAAAAGAUAGCGUAAGAUCAGAAAAUACUCAAUCUAUUAACGUUGUGAAAAAUGAUGGAAUUGAAUUAACAGUUCAUGAAAACAAUUCUACAAACGAUACUGGUUCGGAAAAAUACACUAAACGAAAUAGUAUUUUAUUUUCGAACGUUACGGCCAAGUGGACACGUGCUCAAACAAGCAACUCUUUGGACAACAUUAACCUGACUGUUGAACCUGGUCAAUUAGUUGUUGUCGUUGGCCCUGUUGGAUCUGGUAAAAGUUCAUUACUUCAAGCAAUUUUACGGGAACUACCUCUUACCGAAGGUAGGAUAUCCAUUGGCGGUGAAGUUUCUUACGCAUCGCAAGAGCCUUGGAUAUUUCGUGGUUCUAUUCAGCAAAAUAUUCUGUUUAAUUCACCCAUGGACAAAAAACGAUAUAAACAGGUGAUAAAAGUGUGUGCAUUAAAAAGUGAUAUUGAACAGUUUCCUUUUGGCGAUAGAACGAUUGUGGGAGAAAAAGGAGUAAUUCUUAGUGGUGGACAAAGAGCGAGAAUAAAUCUAGCUCGAGCUAUAUACAGAAAAGCAGAUAUAUAUUUACUAGAUGAUCCUUUAUCAGCUGUAGAUACUGUAGUUGGGAAACAUUUAUUUGAAAAAUGUAUAAAAGACUACCUCAAAAUCACAACAUGUAUUCUUGUAACUCAUCAAAUACAAUAUUUGGCUAACGUAGAUAAAAUUAUUGUAAUGAACAAAGCUAAAAUCAUUGUAGAGGGUUCAUACCAAAAAGUGCAAGCAUCAGGCAUUAACUUUUCGAAAUUGCUUCAGUUGCCAGAAUACAAAAUAAUAGAGCCUGAUGUGGAAAAAAAUAAUCUAACCACAGAAGAUCUUGACGCAGAGACAUGUACGUAUAGUUCUAAUGAAAGCAUUUCGUCGUCCGUUGAUGAAAUGAAAGUGAACAGUGUCCUCGAAAAGCCUUUUGAGAAACCUGAAAUUCGUUCUUCUGGACGUAUUUCAAAGACUGUUUAUUUAUCAUAUUUAUCAGCUGGAGGGAGUUAUUCCAAAGUUAUUUUAUUGAUUCUCAUGUACUUUUUCGCUCAAUUCCUGAACAUUGGUGCAAGUUAUUGGAUAAGCAUUUGGGUAACCGAAGUUGAGUUUGAUUUUCACAACCCAAACAACAUAAUUGCCAAUAAUAUUACGUUGUUGACCAGUGGUUCAUAUUACGAUGCAUUCAUAUUAUGGUCAAAUGUUCGUCAAAAUUUUAUCGUGGUUUAUACAGUAUUAAUAUUAUCCUACAUAGUAUUAGUUGUAACCAGUCCAACUGUAUUUGUAUCAGUUUGUAUGAGCUCCUCAAUGAAUUUGCACAAUAAGAUGUUCAAUUCUAUUGUUAAAGCUGCUAUGUAUUUUUUUAACACAAAUUCGUCCGGACGGACUCUCAACCGUUUUUCCAAAGACAUAGGCAUCAUCGAUGAAAUGAUACCAGCGGUUAUUUUGGACUUUUUAAGAGUGAUUCUGAUCCUCUUUGAAAUUGUUAUUGUCGUAAUACUUUUUAAUGUUUAUCUAAUAAUACCAUUAAUCAUUGUGGGAAUAAUAAUUUAUCAAUUUGUUUCUUUUUAUUUCAAAACUUCUCGGAGCAUUAAACGAUUGGAAGGAGUUACACGAAGUCCUAUAUUUUCACAUAUGAAUGAAUCGUUACAAGGUUUAACAACAAUAAGAGCAUGCAAAGCAGAGAAAAUUCUCUAUGAUGAAUUUGAUAAACAACAGGAUUUACAUUCCUCUGCUUGGUAUUUGUUUAUUUCUGGAAAUAAUGGAUUUGGUUUUUGGGUUGAUUUAAUCUGUCUAUUUUUUAUUAGUAUGGUACUAUUCAGCUUCCUUGUUAUUGGUGACAGUCUCAAUACAUAUAAAGGACUUUUUGGCCUUGUUCUUACUCAAGUUAUAAGGUUAUUUGGUGCUGUUCAAUUAGGACUAACAAUAUUUGCUAUGUUGGAAAACCAAAUAACCGCAGUUGAAAGAGUAUUAGAAAUUAUUGAUUCACCCCAAGAAAUCGAUCAUCAGUGUACAUCAAAUUAUUCAAGUAAAAAACCUCCAAAUGAAUGGCCUAAAAAUGGAGAAAUCGUAUUUCAAAAUGUUUACUUGCGUUAUAGCUUGAACGAACAAUAUAUUUUAAAAAAUAUUAGUUUUCAAAUUCGACCAAUGGAAAAAGUUGGGAUAGUCGGAAGAACCGGUGCGGGUAAAUCAUCGAUUGCAAGAGCAAUAUUUAGAUUGGCUUCUAAUGAAGGAAAUAUCAUCAUUGAUGGCAUAAACAUUAACUAUUUAGGACUAAAUGAACUGAGGUCGAAAUUGUCAAUCAUACCGCAAGAGCCAGUUUUGUUUUCAGGAACAAUGCGAACAAAUUUAGAUCCGUUCGACGAACACACGGAUCACGUUCUGUGGAAUGCUUUAGAUAAAGUUGAACUGAAAGUUUUUAUCAAAAGUUUACCUGGCGGAUUGAACUCGAAAAUGUCCGAAAACGGUUCCAAUUUCAGUGUCGGCCAGAGACAAUUGGUAUGUUUAGCCAGAGCCAUAAUACAGAACAACAAAAUUCUUGUACUGGACGAAGCAACGGCAAACGUCGAUACCGAAACUGACGCGUUGAUUCAAAAGUCGAUCAGAAGCAUAUUCAAAAAGUGCACCGUUCUGACGAUUGCUCACCGUUUGAACACCGUAAUGGACUCCGACCGAUUACUUGUUAUGGACACAGGCAGAGUGGUUGAAUUCGACCAUCCGCAUAAUUUGUUGAAAAACAAAGACGGGUUUUUGUAUUCGAUGGUCAAAGAGACGGGACCGGAUACAGCCGAUUUGUUACAGGCUGUGGCUACAGAGAGUUUUAAAAAUUUGCAGAUAAAAAAAGAAUCUUUGAUAACAUAUAUUGAUGAUGGCGUGUAAGAGAAAAGUUCUUGACUUUCAUUGUUCUACUCAUUUUAUUGAUUGGAUGUAAAAUCUAUCACCGAAUAGUGGUGGUUUACAUUUUGUUAUGGUUUUUUCAUAUUUUUUAAUUUACUCUUAAGCCAUUUUUUGGUGAUGCUUGAAAUAGUUUUCAUUUUAUUAAAAAAAUGAAUAAUUCUGUUACCAUUCUCUAGCGUUUUUUUGGCGUAAAAACUUAAGAAAUUUUAACGAUACAUUUUAUAUACAUAUUUUCUUAUAAU